AUGGAAACUGAAAACACAUCAGAUGUGUGUGCAGCUGUUGUUAAAGGCCAAGCCCUUUUUAGAAAGAAUGCAGCACAACACUUGUCUGAUCUCACAAUGCUGCAACAAACUAAUCCAUCAUUUAAGGAAUCUUUGGCAAAAGAUAUAGAAUGUAUCAGGGUUGAUGGGGCCUCUGAUGAGGGGCCAGGGCAUGAAGAAGUCCAAUUUUAUUGGACUGAGAGACAUUUGUCAAUGAGCAAAGCAUGUACGAUUGUUACUACAAGGCACAGUGGUGGCAGUUACCUUAACAAAGUCGAACUCCUGAAUGGAUGUAUUUCUGUAGGUCAUUCUAAUGUUUUCAUACCAUCAACGCUGAAUGGACCAUGCUAUACAGAUGAAGACUCAAUUGAUGACGAAAAAGUGAAACUAAACCAGGACAUUGCAACUGAUGUCUACAUUGACCGUGUUUCUGGUUCAACGUUCAAUGGGAAAGAAAUUUAUUUCACAAAAGGGGCAAGUGAUGUUCAGGCAAUUUACAACCAAAGCAGACGCGAUCACCUUUUGGUAUUCUUGAAAGGAAGUAAGAAGCAAAAAGCAGCGUUAAAGAAAGAACAAUCUACAUUAUAUACUUAUUUUGAGGAAGUGUGGAAAGUAAGGAAUAGCCACAUGGUGAAAGGACUACCCAGCCAGUAUGUGUUUGUACUUCUACCAUGCUACAAACACGACUGCAGUCAUGAACUUUGUGGAAAGGGUAAACCAGAAAAAGACAGACUUUGGUAUGAGAAUGGCCCUCCCCUGAGAAAUAUUCCAUUCCCCAUUCCUGACCAGAAACGACCAUGGGGCAGUGAAGAUUGUACUGAAUGUCAGUCUGUUUGUAGUGGGCAUUUCCUUUCCCCAGAAGAUAAUAUUCAACAUGUGGCAAAACACGGAACAGGAGACUGUCAGUUCUCUCCACCAAGUGAAGUUAUCAAGUCCGCGUUCAGUAAAAGAGCAAGGCAGGGCCAGCUGA